AAAAAAACUGAUGAUAAAAAUAAAACAAAAUUGAACGUAAAGGAGAAUAUGACAAAAACAUGACAGGGCCUCGGUUCAAAAGGGAACCUUGAAGCUAGUUGGAAUAAACCUUGGCAUGGCUGAUCCUCGCAUUCCCACUGUAGAUCUCUCGCCUUUCUUUACAGAAGAUGAUGAGGACGGCAAGAAGAAGGCCAUGGAAGUCAUUUCCAAGGCUUGCUCCGAGCAUGGUUUCUUCCAAAUUGUGAACCAUGGCGUGCCCAUGGAGUCGCUGCAACGGGCGCUUGAGCUCUCCAGGAUUUUCUUGGAGUACCCAGCUGAAGAGAAGCUCAAAAGUAGUUCAGCGUCUGAUGCACCUCUUCCGGCAGGAUACAACACGCGCCCUCAACACUCGCCUGACAAGAAUGAGUAUCUACUGAUGCUUCCACCGGGGUCUAGCUUCAAUGUUUUCCCUGAUAACCCAUCUGAAUUCAAGGAAGUUUUGGAAGAUGUUUUCUCCAACUUGACCAAAACAGGUCUGCUUGUAGAGAGCAUUGUGAAUCAGUGCUUGGGUCUCCCUCUCAACUUCCUCAAAGAAUUCAAUAAUGAUAGGAGCUGGGAUUUAAUGGUAGCACUUCGUUACUUUCCAGCUACUGAAACUGAGAACAAUGGAUUAGCAGAACAUGAAGAUUCCAAUUGCAUCAGCUUCGUGUUCUAGGACGAAGCUGGUGGUCUACAAGUUUGCCAGGACGGGGAAUGGAUUCCUGUAAUCCCUACAGAAGGCACAUUAGUGGUCAACAUAAGCGAUGUUAUUCAGGUGUUGAGCAACAAUAAAUUCAAGAGCGCAACUCACAGAGUGGUGAGGCCUAAAGGGAGAAGCCGCUACUCGUUGGCCUUCUUCUAUAACUUGCAGGGAGACAAAUGGGUUGAACCACUGCCACAGUUCACUAAAGACAUUGGAGAAGCACCCAAGUACAGAGGGUUCCACUACAAGGAGUACCUGCAGUUGAGAGUGAGGAAUAAGACUCAUCCCCCAGCUAGACCUGGGGAUGAAAUUCGCAUCACCCAUUAUAAAAUUAAUACCUAGCUAACUGCAACCCCACUUAUAUAUCCAUCCAUGUUCAUUCUGCAAUGAUCUUUCCAAUUUGCAUUGCCUAGGGAAUACAACUUGGAAAUGUGAAAUGUGGACAUUGUGUGAUGUUUUCAUCUGGCAUGUACAAUGUUUCGAUUUGGAAAAGUAAGAUUUGUGUCAUAUCCCUUGGCACAAAUUUCAUCA